AUGAGCUUCCACGGCAGUGAGACGCUCAGGAAGUAUCCUCCGCUGCCUUUCCUGAACCACGACUGCGUGGAGCCCUACAAGAUCCCGGACAGCGACGUCGUCGUGGACAAAGGAAUUGCAGUCGUCGUCAGCCUGUUCGGCCUUCACUACGACCCGGAGCACUUUCCUGAUCCAGAGCGCUACGACCCCGAGAGGUUCUCCGAGGAGCAGAAGGCCAAGAGGCACCCCUACGUGUACCUGCCGUUCCACGACGGGCCUCACAUCUGCAUAGGUAUGAGACUCGGCUUGCUGCAGACCAAAGUGGGUCUUGCGAACAUCCUGUCCAAGUGUUGCGUGCGACCAUGA